GCCAGACGAUCAUAUGCCUGAUGACCCAGUGCCCGCUGUCAUACCUGGUGGCCCGGUGCCCGCUGCUCCGCCUGGUGGCCCGGUGCCCGCUGCAAAGCCUGGUGAUCCGGCGUCCAGCCUGAUGUGCCUCCGUCCGGUGCCCAGCCCGACGUGCCUCCUUCCGCCCGAAGUGCCUCCGUCCGGUGUCCAGCCCGAAGUGCCUCCGUCCGGUGCCCAGCUCGAAGUGCCUCCGUCCGGUGCCCAGCCCGAUGUGCCAGUCUUUGAUAUCCCGCCAGUCACCGGACCCAGGCGGUGGAACAUUUUGCCCAGCUAGGACUGUUUGGAGCGUCCUGAGGCCGCUCCUUGAGGGGGGGGGGGGACUGCCAGGAAUGGACUUGCCAAUAGUGGUGGGACUCACCUGCCUUGUGGGCUGCAGUACCAGGGCUGGCCAGCGGGUGCUCUCAACAACCAGAGGUUCACUUCGGCAAUUAGCCAUCACCUGGGGCUGAU